AUGAGCGAACACACUGCUAUCGGGAAACUGAACGCAGACGCGGCGUCAGGCGGGGUGCUCCUCAAGCUCAUCAUCUUCAGUCUGUCUCUUGGCAUAUUGCCGUUGACCUCAUACUUUGCCUCGCUUAAAUAUGUAUGGGACGGGAAUGCUACCUUUGCCGCAAUUACAGCAGUGGUAGCCGCCAACAUAGUUCUCGUCACAUAUAUCGUCAUGUCUUUAUUGGAGGACAAGCGCUCCAGUGUCCAGCAACAACACACUGAGACGAGGAAAGAGAAAUGA